GCACUCCCAAGUCCCAACAUAAACAACCAAGUCGCGGUCUCCACCAAAUUGGAUCGUCUCAAUCAGGGUUUGGAGGACGCCGCUCAAUCAGACGGACGACUCCGGUGGAGCCAGGAAUCCCACGGCCGCUCCGGGCUCAAGCGCCAAGGAGAAGAAUAUCACGCCGGUGAUCCAGACCCUGACACCGACAACUCCCGACUUGCCGGGGAGAAGAAGAAGGAGAAGCACGUCAAGAGUAACGCAUCUAGCACUACUGCUCGGACACAAGGGUUUCGCACAAUAACACCUGCCACUUCCAGAGAUAGGACGACGACGCGCACGGCCAAGGCUAACAACAACAACAACAACAACAACAACACAUCUAACACAUCUUGUCCCAGUCAACAGCGUAGGCCAGCCAGUUCCCCCAAAUCCAGUGCUGGCCCUCCUCUUCGCAGCAACACUAAUCGUAAGCCCUCUGCUGCUGCUGCCAGCAGAACCGCUACUGUGCAGCUUACGCCGGAGAUGAGCAAGGACCUGCAGGAAGCGGAGGAUGAGAUCGGGAAGCUCAACGAGUUGGGCCUGGGAGAUGACAUCAGCUAUGAGGAGUACAGCGAUUACGCUGAACGGCUGCCGGACAUCCCUGAUGUUGACACUUACACUAGACUGCGUCCUGCGCAGCUCAGCCAGCUCUAUGCUCGCCAUGCCUUGUAUCGCAUUAGAUAUUGCCAGUUGUCACAAGGGGUGCCCGAGGAGGAGCUGACCUAUGAUAAAUUGAAAGAGAAAUACCCCCUUCGCGAUCUUCAGAAGAAUGAUUUUUUUAAGCAAUAUGAGAACAAUGGCAAAUUAGAUUGGUCUUUCCACCAUGACUACUGCAAACUUGCUGGCCUGGAGGACUACCAACGGCUCGUCCUUCACAAUGGUGGUUUUGAGUAUGCCAAAUGGGAUGAGUACCACAAGGGUUUUCGUAGCUAUGAGAUUGAACAAGAAUAUGUUAAAUAUUAUCAAGAAUUGUCAAAGAAACUUAAGUGGAUUGAAGCUUAUGUGCAAGAUAGACCUUCAUCUCUCAAGUGGGGGAAAAUAUUGACAAGAGGAAAUUUUCAAGCAAUCAAGAUCGCUACUGACUUCUCCAAGAUAACGGGGGGUUUAGCCAUUGCAUUCUUUUUUAUUCAGGAGUUUUUGGGUAGCAUGAGCUUUGAUGUUAAUUACUACAAUGAGUUUGAUGGUGUUUAUUACGAGAUUUGGCAGCGGUACACUAAGGAGAAGAAAUUCAGGGAUGCUUUAGAUGAAGUCUAUAAACUUAACAUGUUCCCGUUACGCCAAAACAGAAUGAGAUGUGCACUGGGUAAUGACACGUUCUGCUCCAACUUCGAAAAUGAGUUUCUUGCUUGCACAGCUUGCCUUGAGGAAUUUGCAGAGGAUAAAGCGCAGGUUACAGAGGAUAAAGCCCGACAGUUGAUUGCAGAGGCACUUAGGAAAGAGACGCGAAAACCAAAGUUCUAUGAGGAUUAUUGUAGGAAGAAGAUCGGCAUUGCCCAAGCCAUUGGAUUAAUUCCGAGCGUAUCAUCUUAACUGUUGCUCUUCUGGCAUAAAUUCACACCAUUUCGUUUGUCGUUAACCAAGUUAGAUAUAUAGACGGCCACUGUCAUAAAAUCUUCGGUUGCAAGAUUGAAGCGACACGGUGUGCUUAUAACGUUAGAUGCGGUAGAAUAAGAUGCCAGCAGUCAUUUGUGAGAUCUUGUCUAUACACAAAUGAAUGCUGUACUCUUUGCUACUAAACUAAUUUAUGUACUAUGAUAAUUUACUUUCCUAUAAAUUUCAUUGUAUUAAAUAUUAUUUUGGGACUUUGGGUAUAAGGAUAUUAGGGAAGAGUAAGCCUUUUCAGUAUUGAAGUGUAACGCUUACCGUAUCAUAAGAAGCGAAGAAGGAAUUUUUCUGGGUGUUUCUGUCCUAGUACCGUUGAUCCUGAAUGUGUAGAAACAUUUGAAGUUUCAGUUAUCUGAAUUCAGGUAUGAACCUGGAGGCAAA